AUGGCACAUCCAAGCAACCCAUAUGGGUUUUCCAAGCGUCGUGUCAGUGCAGAAGUCACCUACGCAGGCGCGCUUCCCACACCAUCACCCUCCUCGUCCUCUGGAAGCAACGCUGCCUAUCAACUAAAUCGAGUGAGGAGAACCGAAGGCUCUUCCGAAAGCGAAGCAUCUUCUGCCAUAGGUGAUUCAGAGGUCUACAACGAGGAUUUUCGCACCGGUGGUCCUCACUUGGUGAGGUUGCCUGCCUUCAACCACCACCUAACACAGAAUGAUCCUCUCCUUGUCGCGUGGGAAGACAAACUCGACGCUCCAGUCCGAACAAUCCUUAAGAACUAUAAUGUCGACAUCAUUGGAGUAGGGCCUCUCCGUCGAUCUUCAACUAGCAGCACUGAAAAAUACGAUACUGCACUAGUCACUGCUCGAAAGCAUGUAGUGACGAGUGACUCCUGGUUCAGAGCAUGCAAGGAAAUGUUACAGCUCUUUCGGUCCCAGUGGUUCAUGCAACUGAACGUCGAGAUCAUUGAUACCAGAGCUAAUCCCCAACUAAUCAGCUACCCGGUGUCUGUCUCUGAUCCCUUUGUUGACUCCUGGCGUGUUUUGCGGCCUGUCGUACUCGAGAUUCUUGCCAACUCCGAUUGGACUCUUCUGUGUGUUGUCCGUCGAAGAGGUGUGAAUCAGCCUGAAGGACCAAUCACUGUCGCCCUUACCGUCACUGAAGAGUCUGUCAACGAUUGGACCGCGGUAAGAGACGCAAUCGUGAAGCUAUUGGACAGUCGUGGCCACUAUAACGUCGCCGUUGAAAUAUGCCGCAGUAACAUCUGGCACGCGUCAUCUUUUGACGAUCCCGUCUUAAGUCGUCGCGACUGGGAUGUCAGAGCAAAACCUGGAGGAAGCCUUGACCCCCGAGGAUCUACCUCAUCUGCAUCGACGUUCGGCGGAUUUAUUGACCUGCAGAAUCCUAUCUCUGGACAAUGGAAAAGAUUUGGAAUGACUAACUUUCAUUGUGUUAUUGCGGGCUCUGAGUCCCACCCUUCCUAUGAACGAUGGAUCAAUGAAGGAAUCAAGCCUGGAGAUAGUAACAACCUGCAGUUAGAUCACCCAGCCCUUCAAGACCACGAGUCCUCCCUCCGAUACUAUCGAAAAGAAGUCGAUGAAGUUCGACGUGAUGUCCCCGACAGCCUACGUCAACGCAUCCUCUCUGGUGACCCAUCGGUUUCGAGGUCUCAAAGGAUUGUAUACGAGCGUCAACAAGCUACUCUAAGUGAAAUCGGAGAGACUUUACGGAUUGCCACUUCUUUUGACCAACAGAAACGUUAUCUUGGCUCUGUAUCCGCUGCUUCUGGUUUCAAGGUUAACAAGAAGAGACAACUUCUUGAUUGGGCUUUAGUUGACGUCGAUAAACACCGUAUCACAGUCAACGAGAUCCCACCAGAUGGAACGGUUAGCAGCAAAUAUCGCGUUUAUACUCCACCGCAGCCUAUCAUGACUGGAACAAGUUCAGUGGACGAGGGUGAUCGUGUGUUUAAGGUUGGGCGAAAGACCGGUUUCACGGGCGGCACCGUAAAUGGCAUCAGGCUAUCUGACCUACAGGGGUGGGUCAUAAAUGCUCAGGGCCAGCGAGAAUAUGUCCAGGGAACCGCAACGGUAAUUCUUCCAUGGAAGUGUGACACAUUUGGUGACCCAGAGGACUCGGGAAGCUUUGUGAUGAACAACGAAGCCAAGUUCAUCGGCCUUUAUGUUGGUGGAGACCGUGAUAGAAACAUCGGCCUUGUCAUUGAGACACAGGGCCUCUUUGAAGACAUAAAAGAAGUCACAAAAUGUCGAGAUGUCAGGAUUUGA